AUGACUUCAGAUCAACAACAACAACAACAACAUAGUAUAUUAGAACAACAUCACGAACAACAUCAUCAUCUACAUCACGAUGAUAAUGAUGAACUGCCACAUCACUUGGACAACAAUGACCAAGAUCAACAACAUCAACAGCAUCACUUGGUUGGAGAGCAUGAGAAUGUAGAUGAAGACACUGUCGUAGGAGACGAGAUCAACUUGUCACAUCAUGUCGACCAACAUCAACAUCAACAUCAGCAUCAUCAACAUCACCUGCCGCCCGAUGUGAUCAGUACACAUGAUGGUGUCUCUGUUCAGAUGUCCAUCACACAUAAUGAAGCACAUGAACAUGUACUGGACGAGGGUCUACCACUUCACCAUCAUCAACACCAACAUCAGAGUAUCACCGACAUGCAUCACCAUCACCAACAUCAACAUCAACAGUUACCACAACAUAUGGAGGAGGGCGAAGAGGAGGCGGUAAAUAGUGCCGGUGGUGACAAUGGCAACUCACUGGACAUGGAUACCGAGGCGUAUCAAGUACAGCAUGGCACUCAUAUCGUUGAGACAAUGGUGCACUUGGAUGAGCAGCAUAGCCACCACGAGGGCGACCAUCUCACUGGUCACACUGAGCAUCAUCAAGAGUCCACCAUGCAACAGAUGACUGUGGAGCAGCAGCAACAACAACAGCAGCAGCAACAGCAGGACAAUCAAAAUGAUCAGGUCGCCCAGGAGACUGUUGUGCUUCAGUCUGAGGAGGUACAGACUCAUGAACAACAGAUGGCUGUGGAGCAGCAGCAACAACAGCAACAACAACAACAGACACAACAACAAUCAUUGGUGGUGGAGACUCAUCCAGAGCAACAACAACCACAACAACAGACAUUGGUUACGUCUGCGCCACAACAAUCGACGGCUCAACCAGACACACCAGACAACACACAGCCAAUGGAUGAGGAGAUCAGUCUUGGGGGAGAGAUGUCAAUAGACCAAUCAACUUCGGACCUCACCCAGAUGAAGCCCGAGCGACAGAGGACCUCAAACGCCAUCAAGCAAAAGAAGUACCGCGAGGGACUGAAGAAGAAGCAGGAGGACGUCGACCGCCAGAUGAAGGACCUGAUGGAUGAGAACAGGAUGCUAAAGAUGCAUAUUGAGCGAUGGAAGGAGGUUGAGGUCGAGAAGAACAACCUGGCAAGGGAGUUGCAAAAGUUGAGAAACGAGAUUGAGUAUGGGCAGCAACAACAGCAACAACAGCAACAGCAGCAGCAACAACAACAACAGCAACAUAUCGACCUGACGGAGCAGGGCGAGAUUGAGUUGGGCGCCGAGUCCAGCUCAGGUCAGCAACACCACGAGCACAUAGCCGACAACAUACUCCCGCGCUACAGAGACGAGAUCGUACAUUUCAAAGAGAAGAGGAGACAUAACUUUGUGCCGGACCAGCACGAGCCCCCUCCCGACGAGGCCCCUCAGGACGACCAAAUGGUGAUCGAGACCUAUCCCGAGGCGGAGAGUGGCUCGGCGAGUACAUCGACACCGGUGGCCGCGACGACACAGCAUUCCACCAGAAGAAGAAUCGAGUGUAAUGGCGUUGGAGACGAGUUCUUCCACUCGCUCUUCCGAAAGGAAUGGUUCCCAGCAUUCAGCGAGACCACCAUCAUUCACUUUGAGGACGAGCUCUAUAUCAACUGCAAGGCUUUGGACUGCUUGGAUCACUCUGGCUUUGGCGUUUGCUACAGGUGUGGCAGCGUGCGCACCCAGUUCCUACAGAGACGCGAUGAGCAGUUGUACUCUGCGGCAGCAGCCAUUGCCUCGACAAACGACUCACAGCCAACGGCCACCAACACAUAUUUGUCCAACUCAACAUCAACAGGCAUAGUCACCUCCACUUCAUCAACAUCAUCCACAGUCACAUCCUCAGCCGCAAACAAUCAACAACAAUUAGUAUCUUCCUCUCCGCCUGCCUCGCCUUUGUCCGCUGGCCAGGCAACCACGCCAUCAAAGAGAAAACGCCAGAAGAAGGACACGCCCCCCAAGAUGCCAAGCGAGCCGGCCACCGCCAAGAGGGCAACAAAGAAAAGGGCCACAAAAGAGAAGCGAACAGACUCAACCCUAGCUUCCGAACAAUCACAAGUCGAGCAACAAUCCGAGCCAGUUUCAGACCAAACGGCCAGUGAGCAGCCCUCUGCUGCAGCAGUUGCCGCCGUCGAAUAA